AUUAAACUGUUAUUAUUUAGCAAGUUAUCCAAUUGUAUUACAUUAAAACAUGUCGAUAGCGAGUUCAUAUGACGAAGAGACGGAUAGCAAUAGUUCUCACCAAAAAGUGUCAAUUUCAGUUGAUGGAAAAGUGAUAACGCGUCGCAGGGUCAUACUUUCACAUUCAAUUUUCACAUUCAUCAAUUUUUUGAACUUCACAGACAGGUACACAAUAGCAGGAGUUCUCUCAGAUAUUCAGAAUUACUUCAAAAUCAACGACACUCAGGGGGGACUAAUCCAAACAGUGUUUAUCCUUGUCUUCAUGUGUUUUGCCCCCCUAUUCGGCUAUCUGGGGGACAGAAUCACCCGCAAGUGUAUUCUCAUUGGGGGAAUAUUAGCAUGGUCUUUCUUCACUUUGAUGGGGUCAUUUGUGGGUCCGAAUAACUUUUGGGUUUUCCUUUUAUUGAGGGGAUUAGUAGGAGUUGGAGAGUCAAGCUACAUCACAGUAUCGCCUUCUCUGAUUGGCGACCUCUUCUCCGAAUCCGAAAGAAUAAUUGCUCUCUCCGUCUUUUCUCUCGCGUCUCCAUUCGGAGCCGGAUUCGGAUACAUCCUUGGAUCCCUCACAACUUCGAUUGCGAAGGAUUCCGGUGCCGACGAUGACAGUGCAUGGAAAUGGUCUCUACGGAUCACUCCCAUUCUAGGGCUCAUUUCUAACCAUUCCACCCUCUCCCCAUUUUUCAUAUGUGUAAUCGCGGUUAUUCUGACGGUGCUUGUCGUCCCGGAACCAAUGAGGGGGUCCCGGGAGACAUCGGCUGAUAACGGAGUGGAACUAAAAAUGAAGACGUCAAUGAAAGAUGACGUGAUCUACUUAAUCACGGGUUGUAUUUCAAAUAAGACUGCAGUUUUUGUGACACUGGCUUGCACUGCAAAUGUUUACGUGGUUGGUUGUCUUGCAUUUUGGGCACCUGUCUUCAUCGAAGAAGCAAAUUUAGCUCAAGGCGAAAACCCCAACAACGCAGUAAUAUCAUUCGGUUUUGGUGCAGUCACAUGUGCAAGUGGGGUACUCGGAGUUGUAUUGGGUGCAUUUACCGCCCGAUUCUUCCGAAGACGAACAUUGAAUGCGGAGCCGUUAGUUGGCGCUUACGGACUGAUACUAGCCGCACCUAUGGUCUUCAUGUUCGCUGUAAUCGUGGAAUACAACACAAUAGGGAUCUUUUCCAAUCAUUUCCGUGUGAAAAAGUCUGAACCAACAAUUAUUUUUAAUCUGCAAACGAAUAAAAUACGGAAAAAGUCCCUAAUAGCUAUAUGGCCAAUUGUGAUAUUGGGCGAAAUUGGUCUGUGCCUAAAUAUGGCACUUGUUCCGAAGAUUUUGAUCGAUUGUGUUGUGCCAAACAGAAGGUCACUUGCAUCUGGAAUCUCAACUGGAUUCACUCACAUAUUCGGAGAUGCUUACAGUCCCUUCUUCGUGGGAUUGUUAGCUGACGUCACUUAUGGAAGCAGUUCCCACUACAACCAGUUCAAGGGACUCCAACUAGGUGUGCUCACUUGUCCCAUUGCGAGCGCCAUAGGAACCGCUGCUUUCUUCGCUUGUGCAAUUGCAUACGAAGGCGACCACACGAGAACAGCCGAGAUUGUUGACGUGGCCAGACGAGGUAGAAUGGAAAAUGGCCAAGAAAGGGUGUCGCCGGAAGUAAAUUAAAGAGCUACUAUUAUUGAAAAAGCUACUCAUGUAUUUACAAAUGUCCGUUAAAAGAUAGACGG